CAAAAUGCUAACAAGGAAGUGAAAAACGCUUCUAUCAGUUUCAAUAAACUUUAGACGCCUUAAGCUCUUGUAAUUUGGACACCGGCUUUUUUCUUGCUUCACUGAUAAAACAGAGACCGUUUAACCGGAACCUCCAAUGCAGAAUGUACGAAAACGUCGAGGCAACAAUUUACACAGCACUGCUGGUGUUUGUAAGGAAAAUGUCCCGGAGAGGAAAACUUCUUCCUUUCACUUUGACCUGUGGUUCUGCCUGACUCUGCAGAACUGGAUACUUGAUUUUGGAAGACCUAUCGCCAUGAUCGUCCUUCCCCUGGAAUGGUUUCCUCUGAACAAGCCAAGUGCUGGAGACUAUUUCCACAUGGCCUACAAUGUCAUUACACCAUUUCUAAUGCUGAAGCUGAUUGAGCGCACUCCUAGGCCCGUCUCCCGCACAGCCGUCCACCUCUGCAUUGUCACUUUCGUCAUGGGGGCCAGCAUCCACCUGGUGGGGGACUCCAUCAAUCACCGGCUCAUCCUGAGCGGCUACCAGCUCCACCUGUCAGUCAGAGAAAACCCCAUCAUCAAAGACCUCAAACCGGCGUCACUGAUUGAUUCCUUUGAGCUGCUGUAUUAUUACGAUGAACACUUGGGACACUUAAUGUGGUAUAUCCCAUUCUUCAUCAUUCUGUUAUUCUACUUCAGUGGCUGCUUCUCAAAGUCAGAGGAUCAGAAGAAAAUCCCCAUCUCAGGUUGGCUGUUACUGGGACCCAGCGCUCUCUACUAUUGGUACCUGGUCACUGAGGGGCAAAUCACCGAACUCUUCCUCCUUACUUUCCUCGCCAUGUUUGCCAUGAUGAUUUUUCAACAUCGUAAAGGCCUGGGCCCAGACUGCAAUGGCUCUUUUCUUUUUUAUAGCUUCAGCAUUACUGUGCUGCUGGUGUCUCUGUGGGUGGCCUAUCUGUGGAACGACCCGGUGCUUCGCAAAAAAUACCCCAACUUUCUUUAUGUUCCAGAGCCCUGGUCCUACUACUCUUUACACAUAAGAAAAAGCCAGUGAAACAAAGUGUUCAAAUUCUAAAGAAAUGGGAGAAACAGGUUUUCAUAAGGUGACCUUUUGUUUUUGAAGCGCAGUUCAUGGAACGGAGAUUAAAUCUACUCCCAGACAGUAUUGAGGUCAUCUCUGAUACCUGCUGAGCGCUGCUGCAACACAGAGACAAAAAAAUUCUAAGAAAAAAAAAGUGUUUUAGGUGUUAUUAAGAUUUUUAAAUAUUUUUGAGGACUUUUCCUUUUUUAAAGUUCAAAGUAAAUCACUGUAUAUUUACCCGCUUAAAGGAUGUCAGUGUCUCAUUUUCAGUUUAGUUACCUACCACACGUAAAACAGCUGCAUAUCUGUAAUAAAUUGAAUAUUUUUAAAGAUGUAUGCCAUGAGAACACUGUAUUCUUUG